GUCUGCCUCGUUGUGUGGCGGGCUCACGACUGCUAGCUGCUGCUGGCCGCAUUGCCUGUGAGUGUGUCUUUGCUGUUUUGAGCUGUGAACAUGGCCGAGGCCUCCGAGAAACUCUACCGGGCUGAGUACGCCAAGAGCGGACGGGCCUCCUGCAAGAAAUGCGGAGACAACAUUGCCAAGGAGUCUCUGCGGUUGGCAAUUAUGGUGCAGUCUCCAAUGUUUGAUGGAAAAGUCCCACACUGGUAUCAUUACUCUUGUUUCUGGAAGCGCGCCCGAGUUUUAUCCCAUGGGGAUAUUGAUGGUUUUACCGAACUGCGAUGGGAUGAUCAGGAUAAAAUUAAAAAGGCAAUUGAAACGGGUGGCGCUACAGCAGACAAAGGUGGUGCUUCUGAGGGAGGCAAAGGAACUAUGACUUUGAAUGAUUUUGCAGCUGAAUAUGCAAAGUCCAACAGAAGCACUUGCAAAGGCUGUGAAGAGAAAAUAGAGAAGGGUCAAGUCCGUCUUUCAAAGAAGAGCAUCGAUGUGGAGCGACCUCAGCUUGGGAUGAUUGAUCGGUGGUACCACCCAGACUGUUUUGUGAGCCGCAGAGAGGAACUGGGCUUCCUUCCUUCAUACAGCGCCACUCAGCUCAAGGGUUUUAACAUAAUCGGUGCAGAAGACAAGGAGAUUCUGAAGAACAAGCUGCCGGCGGUUAAGAACGAGGGGAAGAGAAAGGCAGAUGAAAUAGACGGAUCUGCUGUAGCCAAAAAGAAGCAGAAGAAAGAGAAAGAAAAGGAAGCCAAGCUGGAGAAGUUAAUGAAGGAUCAGUCAGAGCUAAUUUGGAGUAUUAAAGAUGAGCUUAAGAAAGUGUGUAGUACCAACGAUCUUAAGGAGCUCCUUAUAGCCAACAAGCAGGAAGUGCCAUCAGGAGAAACCAAUAUCCUGGACAGGGUGUCGGACGGAAUGGCCUUUGGAGCACUUCUUCCUUGUGCAGAGUGUAAGGGACAGUUUGUUUUCAAAGGAGAUGCUUACUACUGUACAGGGGACAUCAGCGCCUGGACCAAAUGUGUUGCUAAAACACAGACUCCAGACAGAAAGGACUGGGUGAUACCUAAGGAGUUCCAUGAGGUCCCCUAUCUGAAGAAAUUCAAAUUUAAAAGGCAGGACCGGGCCUUGCCUCCAUCAGCUGCCCCUGCACCUGUGAGUCCCCCGGUCACUGCCAAGUCUGCCCCUGCAGUGGAAGAGCCUGCGCCAGCUGGAAAACCAUUGACCAAUAUCAAAGUUUUGACACUUGGAAAGCUGUCCAAGAACAAGGAUGAAAUUAAGACUUUAAUUGAAGAAAUGGGUGGAAAAACCACCGGAUCUGUAAAUAAGGCCACACUUUGCAUUAGCACUCAGAAGGAAAUAGAGAAGAUGAGUAAAAAAAUGGAAGAAAUAAAAGUUGCCAAUGUCCGGGUAGUGAACGAUGGUUUCCUGAGUGAAUUGCAGUCUGGGAAGAGCCUUCAGGACUUACUGUCACAGCAUGGGAUCUCCUCUUGGGGAGCAGAAAUAAAGGAGGAGGUGGUGAAAGAGGCUGCACCAAAGCAGAAAUCCACUGGGACCCCUGCAGGGAAGAGCACCGGAAAAGUGAAACAAGAGCAGGCAAGCAGCAAGGCUGAGAAGAAAAUGAAGUUAAUGGUUAAAGGGGGAGCAGCAAUUGACCCAGACUCUGGACUUGAAAAUUCAUGUCAUGUUCUGGAAAAAAAUAGCAAAAUCUUCAGUGCUACCCUAGGUUUAGUAGAUAUUACACGAGGAACAAAUUCUUAUUACAAACUACAGCUCAUUGAGCAUGACAGAGAUACCAGAUAUUGGGUGUUUAGGUCUUGGGGAAGGGUUGGCACAGUUAUAGGCAGCAACAAGCUAGAAGAGAUGCCAUCCAAAGAAGAUGCUAUUGACCAUUUCCUCAAUCUGUACCAAGAGAAAACUGGCAACUCCUGGCACUCCACCAACUUUACAAAGUAUCCCAACAAAUUCUACCCUCUGGAGAUAGAUUAUGGACAGGAGGAGGACGUAGUGAAGAAGCUUUCAGUGGGUGCUGGCACAAAAUCAAAGCUUCCUAAACCAGUUCAAGAGCUCAUUAAGAUGAUAUUCGAUGUAGAAAGUAUGAAGAAAGCCAUGGUGGAGUUUGAGAUAGAUCUUCAGAAAAUGCCCUUGGGAAAACUGAGCAAACGUCAGAUUCAGAGUGCCUACUCUCUGCUUAAUGAAGUACAGCAGGCUGUGUCAGAUGGAGGUGGUGAAGCCCGUUUACUUGAUCUUUCCAAUCGCUUCUAUACGCUCAUACCUCAUGACUUUGGAAUGAAAAAGCCACCACUGCUGGACAAUUUAGACUAUAUCCAGGCAAAGGUACAGAUGCUGGAUAAUCUCCUUGAUAUUGAAGUUGCUUACAGUCUCCUCAGAGGUGGAACAGAUGAUGGACAGAAGGAUCCCAUAGAUGUCAAGUAUGAAAAAAUCAAGACUGACAUUAAGGUCGUUGACCAGGAUUCAGAAGAGUCCAAGAUUAUCAAACAGUACGUGAAGAACACACAUGCUGCUACGCACAAUGCUUAUGAUCUUGAAGUCCUUGAUAUCUUCAAGAUUGACCGUGAAGGAGAGAAGCAGAGGUAUAGGCCAUUUAAGCAGCUACACAAUCGCCAGCUACUUUGGCACGGUUCCCGCGCUACUAACUUUGCUGGGAUUUUGUCCCAGGGUUUGCGCAUUGCUCCACCAGAAGCACCUGUUACUGGAUACAUGUUUGGUAAAGGUAUUUAUUUUGCGGACAUGGUCUCUAAAAGUGCAAACUACUGUCACACUUCGCCGAAUAAUCCAAUAGGAUUUAUUCUUUUGGGAGAAGUCGCCCUUGGAAACAUGCAUGAGCUGAAAACAGCUGGACAAAUUACAAAAUUACCUAAAGGGUUGCACAGUGUCAAAGGUUUAGGCAGAACUGCACCUGAUCCUGCUGCCACUGUUCAGCUUGAUGGAGUGGAUGUUCCUCUGGGGCCAGGUGUUUCUACAAUGAUUAGUGAUUCUAGUUUGUUAUACAAUGAAUAUAUUGUUUAUGAUAUUGCGCAAGUCAACCUGAAGUACCUGCUAAAGCUAAAAUUCAACUACAGAAGCUCUCUGUGGUGAACGCACUCACCUGUGAAUAUCAGGAUAUGCUGUAGAUUGUCUUUAGAACUGACCUAACGUAAUUACUUCCCGGACUGAAUGCCCAGGAACCUUUUUGCUGACCACAGAAGAUAUAAAUUCUGCACCCUCUACAAGUUUACAUGAACAGUGUAAAAUAUGUGUAUGCCGAUGUCGGCUAUAUGAAACGUGCCACUUACGGCUGCUAAAAAGUGUCUCUUGAACUAGUAAUGCAAGUGGCAAUAGUUACACCAAUGAGACAAAUUGAUCACAAUUGCUUUAGAGAUUAUUGUACUGCCUACUUUGGUUCAAAAUGUUCUUCCACACUUAUCUCAGAUGUUAAACAUCAUUUAUUUUCAGGUAAAAAGAAAAUAAAAGAUUUCUUACCAGUUAUACUUUAUAACUAUUUUUUACAAAUUAUUGACUGUUCAGUUUUUAGUUUUUUCUCUUUUUAUAAUUGACAUAUUUUAUUCACUGGAUUAGAAAAUGAAGACUACAUAUUCUUUAUGCUAGGCCUCAGUGGUUUACUCCGAACCCUCUGUGUUUGGAGCUUUGGUAUAUUGAACAGCCAUAGGAUGUGGAAUGUUCCUUCGGGAUCGCUUGUAUUACUACUGUAGGUAUAAUGUUGAAAUAAAGUAAAUGCUCACAGUAUUUUUAUAGCUUCUCAA